AUGGAGGCGGACAGAUCCGGCGGAGGACCAAACCCGAACUCCGGAGGCGGUAGCGGCGGCGGCGGCGGCGGCGGAGGCAGCGGCACUAGCGGAGCGGGGCGCAACCCUAACGGGCCCAAAGCAGCACCGGGCCAGACGACAUCGGGUGCCGGAGUCGGACCAAUGGCAGCGGCAGCGGGGGCCGCCCCCGGGUCGUUCCUGCCCCGGGAGGCGCAGGACGGGGACUCGGGUAUGACGCUUCCCGGGAUCCUGCACUUCAUCCAGUACGAGUGGGGACGCUUCCAGGCCGAGAAAUACCGCUGGGAGGCGGAGAGGGACGAACUCAGGGCUCAGGUGGCAUUCCUGCAGGGUGAGAGGAAAGGCCAGGAGAACAUGAAACAAGACCUGGUGAGGCGGAUCAAAAUGUUGGAGUAUGCCCUCAAACAAGAAAGGGCUAAGCACCAGAAGCUGAAAUCGGGAAAUGACCAGAGUCCUGGAGACAAGAAGCCUGAGAUGGAGGCAGAUCAAGUUCCCAAUGGACCAGCUGAGAUGGACUCUGAGCCAGCCAAUCAGAUGUCCUGGAAAGAGGGGCGCCAACUACUACGCAAGUACCUAGAGGAAGUCGGUUAUUCAGACACCAUCCUGGACAUGCGCUCUAAACGCGUGCGCUCUCUGCUGGGGCGGAGCAGCCCGGAGGCCAACGGGCCCCCACCGAGCGAAAGCUGUCCGGAACCAGAGCCCCGGGCAGCUGGAGAGUCCUUGUUGGUCAGACAAAUAGAAGAGCAAAUAAAAAAAAACGCGGGGAAAGAAAGCUCCAAGGAAAGCGUUGGCAGCUCGGUGCUCGACAAGAUCCCCUUCCUUCACGGCUGCGAGGAUGACGACGAGGAAGACAGCGAUGAGGAAGACGACUUCCAAGGCAUGGCCACCGAUUGCAUCGACGGUCCGUGCAAAACCAAAAAGUCCCGCGUAAAGAUAAGUUCAGAGCCUAUGACCACCGAUCUGGACCCCGAGGACGAGGAGGACGAGGACGACUCCGAGGACGCCCUGAAUGAAUUUGACUUUCUGGGCUCGGGGGAGGAUGGGGAGGGGGCGGGAGAGGCGCGGAUCUCGGGUGAUGGACGGGAGAUAGAGAACCGCAGGAACCAGCUGCAGGGGAUGAUGUCGGACUUCCCUCCUAAACCAUCUCCGCCCCCAUCUGUGUCAGGACAGGCUCGCUCCGGGGAAGGUGGUGCCCUGGGGUUCUCCUCUGACGUCUUCAUCAUGGACGCUGUUGGAGGAGGCGACAUGAACCUGGGCGAACUGGCGGAUCUCACUGUUGCCAAUGACAACGAGCUCUCCAUAGACAUGCAGGACAACAGAGAUGACUUCAAGAAGACCUGGAAUCCUCGCUUCACGCUGCGCAGCCACUUCGACGCCAUCCGGGCGUUGACGUUUCAUCCCUGCCAAGCGGUGCUGCUCACGGCGUCGGAGGACGGCACGCUAAAACUGUGGAACCUCAACAAGGCCAUGCACUCAAAAAAGAACGCAGCUUUGGACGUAGAGCCAAUCUACACCUUUAGGGCACACAGUGGAGCUGUCCUGUCGCUGACCACGAGUGAGGAUGGAGAAUCCUGCUACAGCGGAGGUUUGGAUGGAAGUGUCAGAUGUUGGAAGAUGCCCGACCUCAACGUGGAUCCCUAUGAUAACUACGAUCCUGGCAUUCAGAGCAGCGUCCUGGAGGGCCACGAAGACAGCGUUUGGGGUCUGACAUACUCAUCGGUUCACCAUCGUCUCGCUUCAUGCUCAGCCGAUGGCACGAUUCGCCUCUGGGACCCUCAGAACUCAUCUCCCUGCAUGUCCGUCUUCAAUAAGGAGAGAGAACAUGGAACACCCACCUCUGUGGCCUUUGUGACCACUGACCCCAACCAGGUGGUGGUGUCGUUCGACAGCGGUGAGACGCUACUCUACGACCUCAACACGGAGCAGAGCGUCACCGCGCUGGAGACGCAGACAAAAGACGGCAGCGAACUAAUCAAUCGCGUCGUCAGUCACCCAACUGAAGCCGUCUCCAUCACGGCACACGAGAACCGUACCAUCCGCUUCAUGGACAACAAGACCGGUAAAGUUGUCCACUCCAUGGUGGCUCACUUGGAUGCGGUCACAUGCCUCACUACGGACCCUAAAGGCACUUACCUCAUCUCUGGAAGCCACGACUGCUCAGUGCGUCUGUGGAUGCUGGACAACAGGACGUGCGUGCAGGAAAUCACCGCCCACAGGAAGAAGCACGACGAGGCCAUUCAUGACGUGGCCUUCCACCCUUCCCAGCCCUUCAUCGCCAGCGCCGGCGCAGACGCACUUGCCAAGAUUUUUGUCUGAAUCCACUGUGGUCAUUUCGCGUCCUGCAACCACAGCUGGGCAAAACGAGGCUGAAGACGGCAGUGGACGAAGUUCUCCCACUCGCUCUCUCUCUCACUCACACACACACACACACACACACACACACACACACACACACACACACACACACACACAACAGCCCACUGGCUGGGUCGUCACCACAGGACACGGACCCCCUUCCCCUCUACCAUCGCUCACAGUUCUCUGAUGCCUCAAUGACUUCUUGUAAUACUAAUCAUAUCUUGUACUGCUUUUUUACAACUUUAAAGUUACGGCUGCUCUGUUUUCAAGUAAUCAUAUUUUGAAAAACAAAAAAAAAAAAAAACACUUUUUUCUACACUACACUCUCCUGCUUUCCUCUUGCCCUCUCCCCUUUCUGCCUGGGUUCGUCACAGUCCACCCUGUGUGUAUGUCGGCGCGCUCUCGCUGCUGACACACUACCCGCAUUUCACUAACACGUUUGCACUGACGCCUGUCGUUUCUGAUCUUGAGUCUGGAAAUACGAGGAAGUGCUUCUGGCGGGCAAACUGCAGCAGGCGUGACAUAUAUAUACGGGAACGGCAGCCAGGGUUCGCAAGAACUGCUCGAUCCGGGCGCCGCUUUGGAAAUUAAUGUCUCACAUUCCAAAGACUCCAAGCUAGAUCGUAGUGGGUUGGUUUCACGUUUUGUUUUGGAGAAUGUUCGUAAUAUUAAGAAACACUAAACGGUAAACAAACAGCUUUAAUUUUAAACACGUCAUCACUUUACUUCAUCCCCUUUCAUUCCCCAUGUGUGGCGUCCCGUGAUUCUGCGUCUUUUGCCUUUUUUAGAGGAACCUCCCCCCUCCCUGUAACAACUAAUUCCUGCAAAUCCAUUUCCUACCGAGCAGAAUGAUGAUCUCACACUACAUUACCUGGCUGAAGGAAGAGAUUAUAAGAGCCCAGCUGGAAUCAGAAGGCUGCGGCCAUGUGAGCCUGACCUUUGUGCUCUCGCCAGAUGGCACAGAUGCUGCCACUUGGUGCUUUUUACUGUACAGCGGAGUGUGUCUGUGUGUGAGUGUGUACGCGCGCACGUGUGUUUGUAACUGCACUAUUUAAACCAUGGUGCUACAAAAAGACGCCAUCAGUCUUGAGUCGGAAUCAGGGACCUGUGCGAUUGUCGUCACUUUUUAGGCUCUUUCGGUCGUUUCAUUUCGUUAAGCGUGGCCACGUUUCAGUAUCAGCAGUCGCUGUUAAUGUUUUGAACUGAGGAAUGUGGAUAGGUUUGAUUGUUUCAGGCUCGAUUGAUGUCCAGGUCUGAGCCUGAGAAGGCCAUGUUCAGCUCUCAGAAGAGCCUCGUGAGGCUGGCGCCAGUUUGUGGGAGAUUGGUGUGUUCUUGCUGGUUUUCAGUGUUUUAAAAAAAAAAAAACAGAAGUGAUGAUCCUUUCUGUUUUGAGUUGACCGGAGCUAAUGACACAAAGAUGGGUUUCCUCUUAUUCUAGAGGCAUGCUGGGAAAGAUGUUGACUUGUGGUUAGAAGUUUACAUACACUCAGCAUAAAUCUCAUAUGCUAUUUUUUGGGGGCUUUAAUUUGAACCUUACUGUUUUUUUUUUUUAGGACAAGUUCAGUGAUUAAAAAAAACAAAACAAAAUAAAACACAGGAAUUGGGUGUGCACGUUUAGAUUUGUUGUGGAUUUUCAUGGAUCCAAAUUAAGCAUGCAGAGUCAAAAACAUACAAACACCCCCAACUAAUUUUUUUGGUAACUGUCCCUUUGCCAAAAACAAUUUGACUACCUGUACUUUGUCGUCAUCAACAAACUACUGGCAUAAUUCAGACUGGAUAUUUGUUCUUGGUGUGAGAGAAGAUGUUGAAGAUACGGUUUUUACUGCAAGAUAAUUGUUGAAGAUUAUUUUACUGCAAUUUACAAGCUGUAUGCAACGAAAUUUCGUUCUGUACGCACUCUGUGCAUACAAAAUGACAAAUAAAGUUGUCUAAGUUAGAUGGAGACAUAUGACUCGCUGUAGCGACCCCUAAAAGCGAAGAGGCGAAAGGAGAUAUUUCAUCAAUUUACUUAACCAAAUCGGUAAUGUUUAUUCCAGGACCUGGCUUUUAGGCAUAUCUUAUGUUUUCAAUAAUACUGAGAUGAACGCUGCUCCACAAGUUUAAUAUUUGCUAACUUUAUCUGUCCCAACCAGUUUUGAUGUGUGCUUGAGGUCAUUGUCCUGUUGGAACAGUCUGACCUAAACUAUGGCUGCAGACUUCAGAAACCAUCAUGUACUAGAAGAUGGUGGAACAGAGCAAGAGUGUCACUGUUCACACAGAGGCUGUUUUAUAUAUCAAGGAGUUUAGAGGGAGCAAGCAGAGAGGAAACAAGCUUAGGUCAAAAUUAAACCCUAUCCAGCUAGAGCGAAAUUUGCAGCUGCCCACAUGGACAACAAAAUGCCGUCUGGAGAAAGGUUUUAAUGCUCAGAUCAACACUAUGCCUGCUGUUAAGCGGGGGAUGAUUAGUGGCCUAGUGGUUAGAGCAGCACGCUUGCGCUCUGAGAAGGCUGCAAGCACCUGGUUUGACUGCCACAGGGUGCCACUAUGGGUUCCUGAGCAAAACCCUUAGCGUCAGAAUGCUCCCCGGGUCCCACACAGUGGCAGCCCACUGCUCCCUAAGGGACGGGUUAAAUGCAGAGGACAAAUUUCAUUGGAAUGUAUGUUGGCAAUAAAGGUGAUUAAUGUUAUGGUGGUGGUAGCAGCAUGCUGUGGGGCAGUUUUCCAUUCAGCAUUUGUGGUUAAUUGCACAAAGUGGGCAGAACAAUUAAAGAAGACUGCCUCCGAAAUCUGCAAGUUUAAGACCCUCAAAGGAAAAUUACAUCAAACUUGCAGAAUGAUCUUAGCUCUCAAUCUUAUUGAGGAAAAACAGGUCUGGAAUAUCCAGCCAAAAUUAGGCCAGAAUCUUGUUGAUGGAGUUUGGUUUAUUUGCAGCUGACCUAGGGACCUAUUUAUAUAAUUAUUAUUUUUUUUUGUUAUUGUGGAUUAGAUUAAAUUUACCAUGAAUUCAAACCUGUGCUCCCAAUUCUUUUCUUUUAAAUAAAUUGCAUUAAAAGCCCAGACUCAUCGGGCUGAACUGAACGUUCUUCCAGGAAAACAGUACUGACAGAAAACCCGUGGGUGUUAUUUAAUACCGGUGACACCUGGUCUGUCUAGCUGACUCGUUUGAACAUAACCCAGCAAUCCCCGGGGGUUUAAACAAUUCCUCUGAAACACAUCCCAUUUUUCCUCUUCCGUUGCUGCUGCUUGUAUACAAAAUGUCCACAGCCGCUCGUCUGGAUCUGAACGUGCAAAAACCUGUUGGCAGAAGACAAUGUUGUUGGUGUCGGAAGCUUCGACUUGUCAGGUUUAAAAAUGCUAAACUAAGAUGUCGAUGAUGAGUGAGGAGAUGACGUUCAGAUUAUCCAGAAAUGUGGAUUCUCUGAAAUCCAGUAAGUACAGCCCUCCAGAUUACAUCAGAUAUGGAUUUCUAAAAAAAAAAAAAAUUGUAAAAUGAAGAGAAAAAAAAAACGCAUAUUUGUUUAGGCCAAGGUUGCCCUUUACCAAGCAGGCCUCAGUGGGGGGCAUUCAAGAAGACCCCUAGAACCUGAUGUACAGGGUCAAAAAUUGUUUAUAUAUUUUUUGGCAACGCUUGAAUUGAUUAUAAAUCAGUAUCAUUUUUUUUUUUUGUCCAAACAGGGUGUUGUAUAGAUGUGUGAGAUUAGAGAACAUGUCACUGCUGUUAGUUUGACUUAAAUCAGGAAGAAGAAAAAAAAAAAAACAUUGAAAAAAAAAAAAGAUAUGACCCGCAGCAGGUCAUAAUGUUCUGCUCUUACACUUAACUACUAUUUACCUCCACCUUGCACUACAUCUGAAAGUGAAUGCUUAGCUUAGAAAUGAGCAGACUGGGUGCAGGGAGGUUUCACAGGAGCUCCUCUCCCUGAGCUGCUCUGUCUCCCCUCUGAGGGGAAUGAAGACAAAUCAGAGCGACACAUUAAGAAACCGGAAUCAUGCUGCAGAUGACAAGUAGAUUCACCAUUAUGUGCUGUAAAUGUCUUUCAUUUCAUUGUUUUUUCUUUUUUGCAUUUCAGUUGUUUUUCCAAUUAUAAAUAUGAUUAUUAAGAUUUAAGAAUACUGUAGUAUCAAAAGUAAGUCAUUUUUUCCUCGCUAAGCAUAGAACGUACUUGUGAAUGAUGACGAUGUAAAACUUGUAAAAAGGCAAAACGGUUAAAAAAAAAUGAGAAGAAAAUGCUGAAAAUAUGUUUGGAAAAAAAAAACCUGUUACCAGUCAGAGGCCAAGGUAAAGGACUCCCAUUUCUUUGUUUUUAUUUUUUUAUUAGCAACUUAUCACUGUGUGAUAUUUUGUACAUCAUAUAAAGCUGUAUUCCAACAAUUUCCUCUAACUACAAGGGAUAAGAGACCUGCUUUUUAUUGAUUUUGUCUUAUAUAUUUUUGAACUGCAUUUUGGCUUGUAUCAAAUGACUCUUUUUGUUUACGGGGGUCACCUGUUGUAUGCCAUUAAGGAGGAAAAGAUGAAAAAUAAAAAUUUUGUACAGUGAAA